GACGUCGACGACGCCGUUCCUCCGUCGACUGACGUCAUUCAUGAACUCCACAUCACGAGGCGCCAUGUGACUGACGUAUUCGCGUUAAUAAUUCCCAAAAAUCGCGCAUAGUACGCUGCAGGAAAAAAUUGAGAUUUUUGAAAAAAAAAUUAAUACCGCGAAAAAUUUUGCAAAAAAUUAUACACACGUGACGGAACAUUUUUCACGAUUCCGAGUAAACUUACGCGAUUAACGAACGACCGAGAUAUUCUGUAUCGCGAUGAAAUCUGCCGAAUUCGAAAUCGAAAAAAAUUUUGUAAAAUCCAUUUUUUGAAAAAAAAAAAUUUUUCGACUUUUUCCUCUUACUCGUAAGUCAUAUAAGCGAUCUUACGUAUUAUUGUGAAAUGUUGCAAUCAGGUGAUAAUAGGUGAAAGGGUGCAGUGGGUGGGUGAAACGAAGCAUGUGACAAUGCAGUUUGGAAGGUUCUGCAACCUUCUGUAUUUCAAAUUAAUAUUUUUCAUCCUGAUUCGACUGAGCGAUGGAUACCUCAAUAUAUUCAUCAGUCAGUCUCAGGUGAUGAAACUACUCGGUCUGAAGGCCGAGCUUUUCUACGUCCGCGAAGGCGUGGUCAACACCUACGCCAUGAACUUCGUCGUUCCGGUUCCUGCCAAUAUAGCUGACUUGGAAUUCUCCUGGCAGAGUCUCGCCGGACACCCGCUACCCUACUCCAUGGAACUGGACUACGACGUCGUGGGUGUGCCUGGUGGAAAUUCAGGGAUGAUGGCUCUCCUACCCCCGAGGGUGAACGUAUCCGCCAGGGGUGAAGUUCCGGUGACUCUGCAGGUCUUCAGGAUAAGGUUGCCCUGCUCGGGUCAGGUCAGUGCAGAAAUACCCAUGGCGCUGAGGGUUAACGUUACGGCGCCACCAGGUACCAGAUACAACGACACGAUACUCGUCUUCCGGCGGAAUAAAAUUUGCCUGAAGGGAGUGGAAACACCGCCCAGAAAUGAUUCCGUGAAGCUGGAAGCUGGUCCCCUUGUGAAUGGCGCCGGAGCACUUUACGUGGCAGCCACUUGUGCAUGCGCCUUGAUAUUGGUCGUGGGAAGUGUCGCCAGCGCUUUGUACAUUCGUAAUAGCAAGGCUCGAGUACAGGAAUCGCAGAAGACGCUACCCUGCUGCAGCUACUCGGCUGCCGGAACUGGCGGACUCGCCGGAAGUUCCGUUCUCGUGAGAGUGGAUCCACGUCCGGGCAGCGCCAACUCCGGAAGUUACGCGACCAUCGCCGACCUGGAGCCACUGUACGCCAGACCCUGCGGCUCACGAGCCAGUUAUUACGCGGCCAGUCACGUAACGCAUCUCAGUCAGGCCACAGACCCCUGCGAGAAGGCAAGGGCCCUGGCAGUUUCAAGGUCAGCCCUCUAUUGCCGGGACCACAUACAGGAGGGGACCUUCGGACGUGUCUACAAGGGUACUUUGGAGCUGGCUGGUCACGAACAGGAAGUCAUCAUAAAGACAGUCACGGAGGUGGCCUCGGCGUACCAGGCGUCUUUGCUCGUGGUGGAGGGCUCUCAGCUGGCUGGACUGGUCCACGGGAACGUUGCGUCCCUUGCUGCGGCCUGUCUAGAUGGGCCUUGCCCACUCUUGGCCUACACGAGUACUCCCACCGAAUUGAAUCUGAAGCUCUACCUGACCGACGGAAACCAUCAUCCUGGUACCAGGGACCUGGUCCACGUGGCUGCUCAGGUCGCCAGAGCUGGGGCCUUUUUGCACGGUCGUGGUUUGCUGCACAGGGACAUCGCGACCAGGAACUGUUUAAUAGAACCUGCUGGACAUCGCGUGAGGUUGGCGGAUGCUGCGCUGGCCAGGGAUCUGUUCCCACAGGAUUACCAUUGUCUGGGCGACAAUGAGAACCGUCCCAUACGCUGGAUGGCCCUGGAGAGUCUUCAGAUUAAUCAAUUUAGCACAGCGACAGACGUGUGGUCCUUUGGUGUCUUCCUGUGGGAAUUGGCUACGCUGGGACAGCAACCUUACCUAGAGGUCGAUCCAUUCGAGAUGACAGCUUGUCUACGAGAUGGUUACAGACUCGCUCAACCUAGACCAUGUCCCGAUGAACUCUUCGCAGUAAUGGCGGUCUGCUGGUUGGGCCUUGCCAAAGACAGACCCACCAUGCCCCAACUAUUGGCCUACCUGCAGGAGUUUCAUGACGCUCUUGGUGGUUUUAUUUGAAAUCCCUUUGCUCCAUGACAUCCCUAGAAUUCCCUAGAAUUCCCUACUGAAAGACUGCCUGAGUGGUUCUCGGCAAUUUGGGAUAGUAACCAAUUACAUUGAUGUAUGGGCUUAUGCACGAGAGGGUAGAAAAAAGAAAAAGUUCAGAAAGGUGACACGUGUCAGGGUCCAAAAGAACGUUAUACGGAAGAAAGUGGCUACAGAUGAUCGAGAUGAGGUAUAUAAUAAUAAUAAUAAUAAAAAAAAGAAAAAAAAAGAUGCGACGCAGGACGAAGAAAAAGAAAGGGUAAAGGAAAAUUGAAGAGUAUAAGAAGAAGUAGUAGGGGUGGAGAUGCGGAAACGAGCCAGGCUCACCGAACCGGAAGCCAAGAAGAAUUGGGACCCCGUGCUCAGAAUAACGAAAAGAGUGAUACUCGUAUAUAUACGUAAGAAUCCCUAGGACGAACUUAAACUUUGAAAGUAAACCGAUGUAACCCAAAGGUCACUGCCUAAUCAAAUCAAACACAAAAGUCUGAUAGAAAUCAAACGACUUGGAAUUGACAACGGCCGCCCUGUUGCACAAUUUUCUUCCUUCGAAAAUAUUCCUGCUCUCUUUUUCAUUGAAUAAGUGGCUAAGCUACCGGACCCACCAGACAAGCCGGCGCCUACGGAACCGCAACCGUCUGGCCACGCGGCAACGACGUGACAGCUCCAUCCAGGAGUGUAAAUGUAAAUUGAUGAAAAUUCAAUGUAACUUUACAUUGGAUUUGAACGCUUUUAGAGAAAGUCAUGCAAACGGGCGGUCGGAUUCUGGAGAUAUACAGAAAUUAUAUAAAUUCCACUUUCCACAUUCUUGUAACUCUAAGCCGACUGUCAUUCUUCAAUAUUCUCGACUUAUUCAAAAAAUUCAAACACUCGGUUGCAUCCUGCACUUUGGACUCUGCAUUCUGCAUAUGCACUCUACUAUGUGCUCUGUACAGUGAAAGUCUGAUUCUUCCUACAGGUCCCUUCAAGGAAUGAGCUCAUUUUUAAAUGUACUCGAUGUUUAAAUGUCGCAUGUUCCCUUCUAACGAGACCCUUUCUCUCUCCCCCUUUCCGCCCUCUCUCUCUCUCUCUCUGAGUCAUUUUAUCUAAUCAAAUCACCAAUUAAUUACGUUCGAAUUAAUAUAAAAAAAAAAAAUUAUCCCGUCCUAUGUUAAUUUCCUAUUUUCUAUACAUAUAUACUUUCUCUAAGUCUUUCUCUGACUCACCUCUUCCAUCCAUCCAACCAUCGUUGUAGAUCCGGCCGAAAAACCCUGAGCAGAAUUACAAUUAACAGUACCUAGUAUGAAAGGCCAUCUAAAUAUUACCUACUAUUACGACACUACUACUACUGCUAUUACGACUACUACUAUUACUACUACUCGUACUAUUACUGUACUACUAAUCUAAAGCUACGACUACUAUUUACUAUAACGUAUUAAUUAAUUUAUUUAUAUCGAAUCUAACGUAUCUACUAUAUUCCUGAAUGUUUUAUGGAGGAACAGGGUAGACUAGUGCUACACACUUUUUUCGCUGUCGCUAUUACAACAUCUAUCCAAUGACAAUGAUAUCACCAUCCAAGUACGAAUCCUGAGCAAGAAUACCAGCAGGAGAAUUAAUAAUUCUAAGAGGCGAUAGAUGGCCGAGAUUAAUAAUUCAUAUUUCAAUGAAGCCUAACCUAGCCUAACCUAACCUAAAGAUAGUUCCCAUCCUGUGAUCGAUCAUUAAACGUUUCUCCUAUCCCCCAAAGAAAUUCCUUAUCUCAUUGUAAAUACGUAUAGCGAAUAACAGUGGUGAUGGCCGAGCGAGUUGAUUUGUGCAGAUUCUAUUAUUUCCUAUAACGAUAUGUAACGGCAUUAUUUUUCAAUGGAGAAUAAAGUAUACGUGUUGAAAAGAA